UAAAUUAUAUUUUGGGAAGGAACUAAUUUUGUUCAAACGAAACAAAUCUGUUGUUUCCGUGGCGAGUCGCACAGUCGCACUUUGCGCUUACUCGGUCAGGGAGGUGGAGAGAGAGGGGGGAGUGGUGGGGUCCCACAGUGGCACUGCAGGCGGGCCCUACAAAUACUCCCUGCCCUUCCCCCCCAAAUUUCCUCCCCCUGCCUCGUCUCCCCCAACCCCACCCCACCAGAUCUAACCGCGCAGGAGGGAAAUGGCCGCGGAGCAGCACACCAACGGCGAGCCGGCGGCGGUGCCGCGCUCGCUGGCCCCGCCGCGGAAGGUCGCGCUGGUGACCGGCAUCACGGGGCAGGACGGGAGCUACCUGACGGAGCUGCUGCUGGGGAAGGGCUACGAGGUGCACGGCCUCAUCCGCCGCUCCUCCAACUUCAACACCCAGCGGCUGGACCACAUCUACCACGACCCGCACUCCCAGCCCUCCACGCCGCGGCCCCCGAUGCGGCUCCACUAUGCCGACCUCUCCGACUCCUCCUCGCUCCGCCGCGCCCUCGACCACAUCCUCCCCGACGAGGUCUACAACCUCGCCGCGCAGUCCCACGUCGCGGUCUCCUUCGAGGUGCCCGACUACACCGCGGACGUCACGGCCACCGGCGCGCUCCGCCUCCUCGAGGCCGUCCGCCUCGCCCGCAAGCCCAUCCGCUACUACCAGGCGGGCUCCUCCGAGAUGUUCGGCUCCACGCCGCCGCCGCAGAACGAGGCCUCCCCCUUCCACCCGCGCUCCCCCUACGCCGCCGCCAAGGUAGCCGCCCACUGGUACACCGUCAACUACCGCGAGGCCUAUGGCCUCUUCGCCUGCAACGGCGUGCUCUUCAACCACGAGUCCCCCCGCCGUGGCGAGAACUUCGUCACCCGCAAGAUCACCCGCGCCGUCGGCCGCAUCAAGGUCGGCCUCCAGACCAAGGUCUUCCUCGGUAACCUCUCUGCCGCCAGGGAUUGGGGCUUCGCCGGGGACUACGUGGAGGCAAUGUGGCGCAUGCUGCAGCAGGACCAGCCCGGUGACUACGUCGUCGCCACCGAGGAGUCCCACACCGUCGAGGAGUUCCUCCAGGCUGCCUUUGGCUAUGCAGGGCUCAACUGGAAGGACCAUGUGGUCAUUGACAAGAAGUACUUCCGCCCAGCUGAGGUGGACAGUCUCCAGGGGGAUGCAACCAAGACAAGGAAGGAGCUCGGGUGGAAGCCUAAGGUGGGCUUCCAGCAGCUCGUUGAGAUGAUGGUUGAUCAUGACAUUGAGCUUGCCAAGAAGGAGAAGGUUCUCGUGGAUGCCGGGUACCGUGAUGCCAAGCAGCAGCCAUAGAAUUGGCUACCAUGGUGUGGUCCUGGGAGAUUGAAGUUGGAUUAUUAUCUAGAAACUGAUACAUUGUGAUUCUGUCCGUUACAUAAGAAGAGGUCAUUUCUGACACAAUGUCAACACCAGUUUUGGAUUUUUCAAGACGUCAAGAUCGCGAGAUGGGGUAUGCAGUUUGGAAAAAAUGACCUUCAUGACAAGCAUAUUCACUUGUAAGUAUUGUAUUGCCUUCUCUUUGUAUCCUGUCUUUGGUGCCAAAUCUACAGCCAAAAUACCUUUUAUAUGAUGGGCGGGGAGUGGGGACAUUGAUCUCAAUGUACCAUAGCUGUAGCUGACACUGAUGUCACAUGGAUUAUGAGUUCGAGGCAGUUCCGUUCGAUGUAAUUGUGCAUGUAUCUUAAUGUUUGGGCAGUUCUUGAGCCUAUUAUUGAAGCAAGAUCUCAGUUUUGAUAACUGAAUGACACAA